GGCCGGGGGCCGGGCCUGUCCCCGCGGCGGCCCCGGGGAUCUCCUGCCCGCGGCGCGGGGCAGCGCGGGGCUCGGGCAGGGCCUGCCCGGCGGCCGGGGCCGCGCUGAGCCGGCGGCGGGAUGGCCUUGGUGCCCUACGAGGAGGGAGGCGGCUGGACAGCGCGGCAGCUGCACAGCCCUUGGGCCACCUUCCACUUCGCCAGCCGCACCAUCCGCCUCCAGCAGGACUGGCGGCGCCUGGGGGUGGCGGCCGUGGUCUGGGACGCGGCUGUUGUUCUGUGUGCUUAUCUGGAGAUGGAAGGCAUUGAUCUCAGGGAUCGGUCUGUGAUUGAGCUGGGAGCUGGAACUGGAUUGCUGGGAAUAGUGGUCACGUUACUAGGUGCCCGAGUUACCAUCACAGACAGAGCAGCUGCACUGGAGCUCCUGGAGUCAAACGUGCAGGCGAACUUACCCCCUGAACUCCGUCCCAGAGCGGUGGUGAAGGAGCUGACGUGGGGAAAGGACCUGGAUAACUUCUCUCCAGGAGCAUUUGACUUAAUCCUGGGUGCAGACAUCGUUUAUCUGGAAGAAACAUUUGCAGAACUGCUGCAGACGCUGGAGCACCUGUGCUCAGAGCGGACGGUGAUUCUCCUCUCCUGCCGCAUCCGCUACGAGCGCGACCUCAAGUUCUUGAGGAUGCUGAGAGAGCGUUUCUCUGUGUCUGAGGUCCACUAUGACUCCAGCAAGGAUGUUCAUAUCUACAAAGCACAGAGGGGUAGUCGCAAGGAUGACUUGUGACUCUCUGCUUUGUUAAUAAGCCACUGAUGCUGUUCAAUUCUCCCCUUUGUUUCUACUCAAUACACUUGUUCCUGAGCAUGAAGUUGCAGUUGUGUUAUUUCACUGGCUUCUUGUUCUGAUGGUCUUGUCUGAUCACUGGGUCUGAUACAGCAAGGAUUGUACUUCUGUUCUGCAUAUUGAACCUCUGCUUCAUAUCUGAAUAGAGUCAUAUCCAACAUCAAAAUUGUUAUAUCAAAAGGUAUGUUGUCUGAAAUCAAACCACAUUUAACUUCUGGGGGAAACUUAAAGAGAUUACAAUGGGGUUUUUCCCUUUAUCGCUGCCUUAACUCUAGAAAAGUAGGAGAGUAGGAUGAAAUAAAAGUAGUAUGAAAUAAA